AUGCACUUUUUCUUGGAGAAGAGUUUGUUGUGUACACCGGGUUUGGAUAACCAACGUCCGUGGUUAGUCAAGGCUAGCGGAAAGCUCACUGUCAGCACCAACACUCACAGUCACAGUUGCAGUACGUUGCAUCAUUGCAAAAUGAGUAAAAAUAAUAAGAGGAGUGAAAUAUGGAAUUUUUUCACUCAAGUUGACCAGCAAAUAGCAAAAUGUGAUAUUUGCAAGCAACAUUUAAGUUUUAAAAGUUCCAUUAGUAACUUAAAAAAACACGUUGAAAGAAAGCAUCCCGCUAUUCAAAUUAGCAGAAAGUUCACGGGCUCUCAGGAAAUUGAAGGAAGCAAUAUUAAUCAAACCCCAGUAGAGAUACUGCUAAUAAUUGCACCAGGAACUAGCGCAAAACCCAAAAGUGCACAAGAAAACAUAACAUCGUUUUUUGCGCCAAAAAAACUAAAUUCCUCUGCCCAAAAAAAAAUCAAUGAUUCAUUGAUAAAACUAUUUACGAAAGAUUAUCAACCAUUUAGUAUCGUCGAAGAUCAAGGUUUUAGGGGUUUUGUGGAAUGUUUAAAUCCAACGUACAAACUUCCCGAUCGUCGCACUAUCAGCAAAAGCCUUGUUCCUGCGGCGUAUGAAAAGUGUCGACAAGACAUGGAAGAGGGAAUUUUGAUGAUACAAAAUGUGUCAUUAACCACAGAUUGUUGGACGUCAUCAAAUAAUGAUGCAUUCUUGGCAGUAACUGCUCAUUUUAUAAAUGCCAAUUUUAAGCUAAAAUCUCUGCUUUUGGAAUGCAUUCAGAUGAAUGAAUCCCAUACCAGCCAAAAUUUGUCCACCGAAUUGGAAAAAAUUAUUAUUAAAUGGAAGAUGCAAGGUAAAGUCGCUUUAGUUAUUUCGGAUAAUGCGAAUAAUAUUACGCAUGCAAUAAGAGACAUUUUGCAACUAAAGCAUUUUGGAUGUUUUGCCCAUUCCAUUAAUUUGGUUGUCCAAAAUUCCCUGAAAUUAGUGGACACAGUUAUAAUAAAAGUAAGAAAUGUGGUUUCAUAUUUCAAGAGAAGCAUUAUUGGAAAGGAGAAGUUAAUGAAUUUCCAAAAGAAUAAUAAUAUGGAUCCUAAGAAAGUCAUUCAAGACGUUUCAACCAGGUGGAACUCGACUUUUUACAUGCUGGAGCGUUUUAUUGAAUUAAAAGACGCUUUAAGGGGUACUAUUGCUCUAAUGGACAAAGCUACAGUACCAAUUUUAAACUCUGAAGAAUGGCAAAUUUGUGCUGAACUAUGUGACGUUUUGCGCCCAUUCGAAAAUGUCACCAAAAUUGUAAGCGGCGAAAACUACCCAACGGCAUCCUUGGUAAUUCCUCUAGUAAGAGGUUUCUACGACGUUAUUGAAAAUCAAUUUAACAGCACCUAUUUACCUGCUGUUCAAACAGUCAUAAGAGAAGUAAAAAAUCAAAUAGAUCAGCGCUUUGGAAGCAUUGAAUCCAGCAAAACGCUUGGGAUAUGUACGUUUUUGGAUCCCCGAUUUAAACACAUGGGUUUUAGAGAUAAAAACAACGCAGCAAAUGUAAAAAAAAAUUUGUUAAAUGAAUUGGCUGAAGAAAUUAAAAAUAAGGAGAAAUUGAACCCAAACAUUAAUUUAACUUCUGCCAGCACUUCAGCCGUUAAUGCUCCAGAGAAAUUUUCUAUAUGGAACUCUUUUGACAAGAGCUUGGCAGAACUACGGCCUCAGGGAGGUUCAGGUAGUUCUGGUACUGCCAUGUCUCGAGCGAUCAUUGAGAUUGAUAAUUAUAUCAAUGAAAGUUUCCUUCCAAGGACUGAAGAUCCAUUGCUUUGGUGGAAAACAAAUUCACAUAAUUUUCCCAAUUUAACAAAAAUUAUGAAGAACAAAUUGUGUUGUGUGGCGACAAGUGUUCCCUGUGAAAGGGUUUUUUCUAAAACCGGUAUGCUAUUGACGGAUCGUCGAAACCGUCUCGGCCACCAAAGUGUAAGUCGCUUGGUAUUUUUAAAUGUAAAUUCUUGA